ACUGUGCCGCAUACUAACUGUACAUCCUUGAUCGUCCUCAUGCAAGCCACAUGCCGAUUACAGUCAGAGAGGGCAUAUGAAAGGAAGUAUUUAUACAGGCUCUUACGUCUCACAGUAUCUCUAUAGUUGAUCUUUAUUGUCACUGUCUGUUUCACCAUGGACAGAAUCUCUCGUCUUUUACUCUCAGCUUUGCUGGGAGUUCAAUUGGUCGCUGCUGCUCCUGAUCAAGCGACAACCGUCGCAUGCAAAGAGAUCAACCUCGUCCUUCCUGGAAAGGUUCUUACGCCCACACUUUUGGCACUCGAGUACGAGAGCGAGACGAGCAAGUAUUGGUCAACAACCUUGCGAGAGAUUGAUCCAGCCUGCAUAGUUCAGCCUACCUCUGCCGAGGACGUAUCUGCCGUUGUGAAAAUACUCCUCAAAUAUCCCACGGUCAAGUUUGCUACGAGAAGCGGUGGCCAUGAUCCCAAUGUCGGCCAUUCAUCUGUUCAAGACGGAGUCCUUAUCGCCAUGACUGAUCUUGCUGGUGCAACGUACGAUGCAGCGAAAAAGGUUGCGUAUGUCAAACCAGGUGGUGAAUGGAACGACGUCAUCGGUGCUUUGGAACCGAGUGGGGUGACUAUAACCGGUGGGAGACUUGGAAUUGUCGGUGUUGGUGGAUAUCUCUUGCAAGGCGGUAUCUCCUUCCUCAGUGCUCAAGAAGGCCUCGCUGCCGAUAAUAUCAUCGGAUGGGAGACGGUCAUGUCUAACGGAUCAAUCGUGAACGUCGAUGCUGCCACCCACCCAGACCUCGCUCAAGCCAUGAGAGGAAGCGGCAGCCAAUUCGGCAUCGUAACAAAGUUCACCGUCAAAGUCCACCCAAUCGGCGACGUCUUUGGCGGGAUGUGCAUCUACACUGCCGCAGACCAGGAACCAGCACUGUACUCCGCUUUCCACAACUUUGCCGGAACGGGCGCCAACGACUCAAAAGCCGCUAUCAUAUUCACUGAUAACCUGUCUGCUGGAGGAGCCAAGACGAAGAUUGUGUUCUACUUCUACGAUGGUCCUGUGGCGCCUACAACGGGCCCGUUUGCCGAUUUCCUCAAGAUCCCGGGCCUGAUUUGUGCGCCCAAGACGCAGAAAUACUCUGAACUUCUACGAAACAACGGCGAGAGCUCCAGACAUCUCGACGCCAGGGUAUCCUUCCGAACCUACACACUCCCCUACAUCGCCUCGCGCCCGCAAAUGUACCAAGAAGUGCGCGACAAAUACGCCAACAUCACCGCGCCCUUUCUGACCGCACUCCGCCCCAAAGCCCAAUUCAGCACCGACUUCCAGCCCCUGCCCUCCAUCGUCGGCACCCACACCGCCGCAAAAGGCGGCAACGCAAUGGGCCUCACAGCCUCGGACCCGGACCGCCUGAUCCUCGAAAUCCAGGGCUCGUGGCAGCUUGCCAGCGAUGACGAGCAGGGAUACGGGAUCACCAGGCAGCUGACAGAGUGGCUGGACACGCAGGUCCCGCUGUGGCUCGCGCAGGCGGGUAUGCCGUCGCAGGUGUAUUUGCCGCUGUUUAUGAAUGAUGCUGCGGGGGAUCAGCCGGUGGUUCAGAGUUAUAGCGGGUAUGCUAAGUUUAGGGCGCUGCAGAGGUGGUAUGAUCCGUUGGGACUGUUUAGUCGGAGGGCGGGCGGGUUUAAGUAUUAGGGCUGGGUUGGUUGGUGUGUGGAGUGGAGGGAGGUGGAAGGGUGGGUUCAAUGCGGUGUGGUUGUGGGA